GGCGGCGGCCGCCAGUAUUCAGGCCCAGCAGCCGAAGACAGCGUCGGGCGCGAGGCGUGCGGUCGCGGGACCGAUGCAGUUGAGUCCGGAACAGUUGGCCAAACUUCGGAGUGAACUCGAUAUCGUUCAGUCAAAUAUGAAAGUGUUUAACGAAAUGCUCACUGAAUUGAAGCCCGGAAGCGAACACAGCGACGAUUGGCAACUGUUGUCCGAUUUGAACAAAACGUGUCAAUCCAUGCAAACCAGAAUUGUUGAACUCAUAGAACUGGUGGCCAAUGAAGAGGUCACUAACGAACUGUUGAGAGUUAACGACGAACUCAAUAAUCUUUUCCUACGAUAUGAAAGACACGCCAAGAAACACAAACCACAGCAACAAAUGGCAGCAAUGGCUGCGAUGGCUGCACCUAAACCCACGCCGGCCUCAGAGCCCACUCUCAUUGAUUUUGACUCCACCGAAGAGUCGGGUGUCGCUAACCGUUUGGCAGACAUUCAAUUAAGUGGUAUCAACGCUACCGCUUCCCGACCUAUAGAGACAACUGCUGGUGAUUUGGACUUCGAUGUGUUCGCUCAGUCCAGAUCCACUUCCGUUAAAGACAACACCACUACUAAUGAUUUAAAUUUAGUUAAACCACAACUCAAUAAAUCGAUGCCAAUCCCUGAUAUGAUACCACAGGCACAACGGGAACAAGAUUUUGAUGAGAUGGAGAAGUGGCUGAAAGAGGACCCAUCGCUGGCCGGCAAUGAAUUCGACCGCUUCUUAGCCGAGAGGGCGACGGCUCUC